AUGCUUCCCCCGCCAGUGCGGCGGAAUUCGCUGUGUUUCUUCUGCGCAUUCGCCGCCCGCUCACGACUCCAACCACCACGCCUCCUCCCGAUAAUUCAAGUCGCGCGCCGAAGCUCUCCUGCCAAACGACCAAAAAGUUCUAGCCACCAUGUUCUUCGAAUCCCCAAUCCCUUUCGCUCAGAUGGCACCAGGCCUGGCUCCCGCAUUAUCCAGGAAAAGUUGCUCAAAGUCGAGAAGGAUUUAGCAACACCAGAGUACCUUGAGAGCCUUCACAUCAGCAAAGAUGACUUCGACCUCCAGUGGCGCGCCUUUAAAAAAUCCAUCGACGUCCAGAUCAACCGGAGGAUACCCGAACUGCAGGCGCUGGUGGGCGAGGCCAGGCGGGGCAAGGAUACGCUUCAGACAUGGCUGCGAUACCGCUUCUACGAGCAGAUAUUUGGCGGAAACUCCACGGUAGCUGAGUUGGAAAACCAAAAGGAAGUAGCCGACUUGCGAUAUCCCGCCGAAUGGUACCCAGCUACUCGAGAGAUUCCACGCACCGUACACAUGCACGUUGGCCCCACCAAUUCGGGCAAGACCUACCAUGCCCUCAAGCGCCUUGAAGAAGUAAAGUCUGGCAUCUACCUCGGCCCGUUGCGCCUCCUCGCCCACGAAGUCUACACCCGUCUGGAUGCAAAAGGAAAGGCAUGUGCUCUGGUUACUGGCGAGGAACAGCGCAUGCCGCAGGGCGAGCGCGCCUACAUGUAUAGUUGCACCGUCGAGAUGGCUCCCCUCAACACGCAGUUUGAUGUCGCCGUCAUAGACGAAAUACAGAUGAUCAGUCAUCCGGAGCGAGGCUGGGCUUGGACCCAGGCUUUCCUUGGUCUGCAGGCCAGAGAGAUUCAUCUUUGUGGAGAAGCCCGCACAGUGCCAUUGAUGCGUGAGCUUUGCGCUCUUGUUGGCGACAAGAUCCAUGUCCAUGAAUACAACCGUCUGACCCCCCUCAAGGUCGAGCCAAAAAGCUUAGGGGGCAAGCUCAACAAUCUUCAAAAGGGCGAUUGCAUUGUCGCUUUCACAGUUCUGGGUAUACACGCUUUACGGCGAGAGAUUGAACGGAAGACGGGAAAGAAAUGUGCCAUCGUCUACGGAAGCUUGCCACCAGAGACAAGAGCUCAACAAGCCCGGUUGUUCAAUGACCCAGAUAACGAGUACGACUAUCUGGUAGCUAGCGAUGCUAUUGGCAUGGGUCUCAAUCUUGCCAUCAAGCGUGUCAUCUUUGAAUCCACUAUGAAGACCGAUGGAGUAAAUUAUCACAGUCUACAAAUCUCGGAUCUCAAACAGAUUGCUGGUCGCGCAGGUCGCUACAAGACGGCUCACCAAGCAGUCAACGCAGAUUCGAAACAAGUCUCGGUUGCUGACGGUGUCAUCGAUCCCGUUAUAGGCUUAGACGACAAACAGUCCUAUGUAGAUGAAGUAAAGGCACCCGAGUCGAAAACAGUUGGAUGGGUCACGACGCUUGAGAACGAAGAUCACAAAUACUUGAAAUCAGGUAUGGCGAAGGAGCCCGAAGAAAUCAAAGCGGCCGGCUUGUUUCCUCCUUCUCAGGUUGUGGAACGAUUCGCAAGCUACUUUCCGCCGGGCACGCCUUUUAGUUACAUCAUGUUACGCCUACACGACAUCUCAAACAUACACCCCCGCUUUUACCUCUGCACUCUCAAAGACCAGCUAGCAAUUGCAGACGCCAUCCAUACAGUCAAGAACCUUAGCUUUCAAGAACGCAUUACUAUCUGUGCUGCACCGAUCAACAUGCGCUCUGCCCCAGAGCGAAACUUCUUGCGCAGACUCGCCGAGUGCAUAGCCGAGGGCAAGUCGGGAAAUCUGCUAGAGAUUGAGUUUCUACCGCUCGAUAUCAUGGAUCAGCCGUCUUCUGGUGAUCGGGAGUAUUUAUACAAGCUCGAGCAGUUGCACAAGAUGAUUGUGUGUUACUUGUGGCUUAGCUACCGCUUCCCCAAUGUCUUCACCACUAGGACCCUUGCAAACUACACCAAGAAGCUAGUGGAAGACCAGAUUGAGAACACGCUCUCCGAGUUUUCAUUUACUGAACAAGUUAGAUUGAAGCAGAAGAAAUCAAGAGACCAGGCGAGAAAACAGAUGGAAUUGGAAGCUGACGAUGCGGCCAUCCAAGUCGAAGGUGAUCAAAUCAGUGAGGUUGCAUCGCUCACGGUAGAGCAAGAGAGAGGUGCUGGCAAGUUUUCGGGCGAGGCUGGCGAAUUAUUAAAGGGCUAG